GGUGAAGGAAAGAGUAGAGAAAUAGAUGGGAGGGUCAGGCCGCUGCCUCUCAGUUUCAAACACUCAGUGCAUUUCAAACCUGUGCAUGGACGUAAACUGAACGGUGAAAGUAGGGUUUGUUUGCGGACUCCUCCCGUGUUAGACGGGUCAUGCUGUCUUCGCGAAGGUAAUGAGCCGCAAACCCCUCGGGUCUCGGCUGAGCAGCGCCCACAAACUGCAGCGAAACUGGAAUGACUGGCAGCCCAGAGGCGACAGUCUGUCAGCCAGCCAGGACGGUGUGAAGAGCAGUGUCUCUAGAUACCGUGGUUCAGAAGUUCUUUUCGACAUUCUGCCCUCUGACCAGCCUGGCACCCCACCACUGCACAAUGAUGCCUUCACUGCUGCAGAUGUACUUGAAGAAGGAGGUGUGUGCUUCAUCUGGCCCUUUGUUUAG